AUGAAAGAGGAAACAUAUCUCCGCAAAUUGAUAUCAGACGGUGAAGGUGUUGGCGAAGACAGGCGAGUACAACAGGUCGCCGCAUUCUUCCGAGAGAGCAGAAAAGUAGAGGAACCAAAGAUUGCAGAAGUCUUGAAAAUCACGAAAGCUCUCGAGCUAAUGGAGCUGUCAAUGCUAAAACAACAACAAAUUGCACAAAUGAAUAAGAAGCAGGCGACAGAAUUCGAUUCGUUUGCCGGGGAAAUCGAUAGUGAGAUCGAUUUGAUGUAUAAAAAGAUGGAGGAGGCAAAAUCGGAGCUCGCCGAAGCGAAAACUGUAAAAAAAAACCGUCAAGAAUACCGAAAACUUGUGAACGUGAUGAAUGAAGUGCCGACGAGAGCGGAGACGAUGCGAAAACUCGAAGAAGUGAAAGACGAUUUGGAGAGACAACACGAACGACAGAAAAUUCUCGAGGCGAAACUUCUCGAUCGCCGGAAUCAUUUACAGGCGUUCAACAUUAUUCUCUCGAAUUUUCAACGGUUUUGUGCAGAAGACGACGAAGACGAGGCGGGUGGUCUCGAGAAUGACGGAGAGGAGGAGGACGACGCGGCGUCUGUCAGCGAGAAGCAAGAGGAUGAGAAGUGA